AUGACCUCUCUUGCUGAAGAAAACGCACGACUUCGAAAGCGCAUCGCAGAGCUUGAGGCACAACUUGGCCCUGCCCCUCAAUCUGCAAAAGGAUCCUUCAAGAAAGUAGAUGCACUCUCUAAAGAAGAGAUCUUGCGUUUCGAGCAACUCAAACUGCGCAAUACAACAAUUCUUGUUGUUGGGGCUGGCGGUCUUGGCGCUCCUGCUAUUCUUUAUCUUGGGGCAAAUGGUGUUGGUCGACUCGGAAUUGCUGAUCCUGACACAGUAGCUGUCAACAAUUUACAUCGUCAGGUGAUCCACACCGAGGCAAGCACAGACACCAGCAAAGCAGAAUCUGCUAUGCGAGCUGUACACGCGAUUGAUUCCACAUGUGAGGUUGUAACCUAUCCAUUUGCUCUUACGAGUGAAAACGCGUUGGAAAUUAUCCGAGAGUAUGACAUUGUCAUAGACGCGACCGACAAUAUCGGGGCUCGUUACCUAUUGAGUGAUGCUUGUGUAUUGGCCAACAAACCUUUGGUAUCUGGAAGUGCUCUUCGUAUGGAUGGCCAGUUGACAGUGUAUCACCAUAACAACGGACCUUGUUAUCGUUGUCUACACCCCGUACCACCACCUAUCGAUACUGUGUCCAAAUGUGUUGAAAGCGGGGUGCUUGGCGUGAUUCCUGGUGUCAUUGGUACACUUCAAGCACUAGAGGCUAUUAAAGUAGCCGUAGGACUGCACAAUGAUGAUCCUAGUUUUCUUAUAUUCAGUGGUUUAACUACACCGAUGUUCAGAACCAUGAAACUCAGAGGGCGCAAGAAAGAUUGUAUUGCCUGUGGAGAUAACCCAAGUCUCACAGAUCUGAUAGACUAUGCUGAAUUCUGUGGCACUGCUGACUCUGACAAGAGCCAGGAUCUAUUCUUACUUGCACCUCACGAACGUAUCAAAGCGUGUGAGUACGAUGCUCAUGUUCGGCAGCAAAAGCCUAGUCUGUUAUUAGAUGUUAGACCGCCUGUCCAAUAUGACAUCUGCCGGCUGCCAGAAAGUCAUAGUGUGCCCAUUGAUGAAUUCGAGAACAAAAUCAUGGACAUUAAGAAAUCCAUGUCCGAGCUGGACGUUGCGGGUGAUCAAGUAUUCGUUGUCUGUCGCCUUGGAAACGACUCGCAGCUGGCUGUGCGUCUUUUGGAGAAACAUGGGAUUAAGGGUGCACGUGAUUUAGUUGGUGGGCUUUACAGCUGGUCCAUGAACGUGGAUCCUUCGUUUCCUAUCUAUUAGCAAAAAGGGCACUAUGUACAUUUUUAUUUUUCAGUGUAACUCUAGUCGUAAGAUACAAAACAACGUUUUAGGCAAAACAAAAAAAAAAGAUUCUUUUUUGUACCAGC